AUGCUAUUCGACAAAAGCAAGACAACGACAGCAAUGGAAAAACUCCGCAACACAAGUUCUAGGAAGCCCAAUGGCGAAAAAGACCAAUCAGUGAUCAAGCCAAUCUCUUUAGAUGGCAGAACAGGUGAAGUAAUCGUGAGAAAAUCCACAGGGAAGACUAAAAUACGUAAAGGUCAGACAGAAGAAGAGUACGGGCAGCAGUUGCGACACUACUUUCAAGUGGAAGAAGGCCCUGUGCGGACAGAGGUUGGCUGGAUGGAUAAAGUAGAUCCUCUAGCUGACAUACGAGAUGGCAAGUACGAUAUUUCCAACAAGCACCAACGACAAGUGCUUAGUGGGUUCUGCCAUCGUUUAUUCUACCAGCGCAAGUAUGAGCAGUGUCUGAACCUCAGCAGCUAUCUGUUGGGACUCUUCGAACCCUUUAAUGUGAAGAACAAAAUGAAACGGGAGCUUGAAGAGCUAGAAUAUAUGAUCGAGCAGUGUCGUGGACAGGUGUCAUAA